GACAGGAAGGAUUGUUGUGUCGAGUGUUGAAGAGCACCUGUGCACAUGUGGCUGAAGUGAACUACACCCAUGUUACAUGUAUCCAGUGCCAGCACAGGCAGUGUUGUGACAACCUCCCCCAACGCCCAGUAGUGGUACAUGUACUGUGCUGGCAGUCUGUACGGCAGUCGUUCUGAAGAUAAAAGAGUGCAUGCACCCAAAACAGAGAUUUCUCCAAAACGUGACCAAUUGAUUGUACGGAGUUUGCAAACAAUAAGGCCAAAGGGCUGAUCUCUUGAUCAACAGCCCUGCUCUCAAGUCUCAGUCCACUAGCGAUCCACCCGUAUCUUCUCUGACCAAUUCAAGGCCAAUCACUUGCUUUAGUUUAGGGUACCUAGAGGAUCGGGUCAUCUACUACAAGCAGUCAACGGGUACGGUGUUGUUUUUGGAUUCUGCACUCCCGAACACUGGUGCCGUGGUGGAGGCAAUGGCGCUGUUCAAGCCGAGGUGGGCGCAGAUUGCCUGUGCCAUAGUACUUGUGAGCAUUGUCGUGCGAGUUGCCGCGACUCCCUUGGCCUUGUCCGAUGACGAUGUCUACUUCGAUGAGUUUGAAUCCACCAACACCACCCACACCAACAAGUCUGGAGAGUGCUUCACCAAGAUCUUUCCAUGCUCUCAUACGAUUGUUGGUAACUUGAUUCUGAUGUUAUUUUAUGGAGCACUUCUGGGCGGUGCUGCUAAGCUUAUUGCCGAUGGUGCUGAAAUGUUACUCGAUGUGGGCUUACCGCCAGCUCUUGUCGGCGGUCUUGUCUUGCCCGUGCUGGGAGCUGUGCCCGAUGCGGCCAUCAUUAUCGUGUCUGGUCUGGGUGGUGACAAGGCUACAGCGCAGGAACAGCUGCAAGUCGGCAUGGGAACCCUUGCCGGCAGUACCAUCAUGUUGCUGACCAUUCCCUGGCUCGGCAGCUUGAUCAUCGGACGCUGCGACAUCGGCGCGGACGGCAAGGCACGCGACGGCGUGUGCAGUGGCCGAUUCAGCGUGGUCAACCAGGGCAUCACCAUCCUGCCGGACGUCAAGACCAGUAUUAUCUUCAUGCUGGUCACCAUGCUGCCGUUCUUUAUCAUCCAAGGUGCUGACUGGCAUUGCAUGACUGUGCCAACGUGCAAUAACAUCUCCGUUACGGCAGUCGAUGGUGUGCUGCCGGAGCAACCAUCCUACGUUCGCUACUCAGCGCUGGUGACUCUCAUCUUCUGUGGUAUCAUGCUCAUCGCCUACAUGGGCUUUCAGGUAUAUGAUGCCAAAGUAGCUGAGCGCAGGGCUAAAAAGCACCAGCAAGAAGUGACGACGCGGCGCAUUGCACAGCGUUUCUAUACCAUGACGAGCAAGAGUGCCUUUAUGGAUGCUGCUGGCGAGUCGGGGCGCGAAGCAACCGAGUCGGACUCCAUGGUCAACCGAGAAGGGAUACAGAAGAAGUACUUCAACGCGUGGAAGGUCCGCCAGCCGACCCGGCCCACCGUCAGCCCGGCAGCGGCUGAGCCGCAGAGUGACGAGGAAGAGGAGAACGAUAAGGAAGAGAGCAAGGCCUUGCUCUGGGCGAAGAGCAUCAUCAUGCUGGGAGUUGGCAUUGCCAUGGUCAGCGUCUUCAGUGACCCAAUGGUGGAUGUACUCAGUGCCCUCACCAAUAGCAACAACACAAGCUACUUGCCAAUCAAACCCUUCUACGUUUCCUUCGUCGUCACUCCGAUCUGCUCGAACGCUUCUGAGCUGGUGUCCUCGCUGAUGUUCGCCGCCAAGAAGACGAAGACGAACAUCUCCAUGACCUACUCCCAGCUGUACGGCGCUGCCACCAUGAACAACACGCUGUGCCUGGCAGUGUUCAUGGCACUCGUCUACACCAGAGAGCUGCAGUGGGUGUACUCUGCAGAGGUGUUUGUCAUCAUUCUGGUGCAGAUAGUGGUGGGCAUGAUUGGAUUCCGCGAAACGUACCAAAUCUGGAUUGGCUUCCCCGUCGCUGCCCUGUAUUUUGUCGCCAUCGGCCUGGUGGCUCUGCUGGAAAGCUCCAAGGUGGGCUGGAAGUAAAGCCCGUGCACCCAGCGAUGUGCGUGCGUGUGUGUGUGUGUGUGUGUGCCUGUGUGUGUGUGUGUGUGUGUGUGUGUGUGUGUAUGUGUGUGUGUGUGUGUGUGUGUGUGUGUGUGUGUGUGUGUGUGUGUGUGUGUGUGUGUGUGUGUGUGUGUGUGUGUGUGUGUGUGUGUGUGUGUGUGUGUGGAGUUUAGCGGAACACCGAGAAGAAAGUAACCUGUACGUGCACAGUACGUUGCUGUUGCUGUUGCUGAUGCCCUCAGUCUCUCAGUCUCCCGUCUCUCCCACACAUACAUGUAUACGCUGAAACGAAACAAACCAAUGUAUACAUACCUAACAUACUGUUUAACAUACUGUUUUAUGAAACCGUAGGGAGCAGCUCCCCUGCUCAUUCCGUGCUUCUAGUGCUUGUCUUGUUCAAAUUCUUUUUAUCUCCCACAAAAGUGCCCCGUGAAAAGUAUUUCAAUGGACUUUCCUCGACUUUCCUCGAUGCAACUACAAAUACGGCGUCGUGUCAAAAUAGAAUAUGUCUUAUGCGAAUCGUAUAGAACGGUGUAUCUUGUGCAUGCAUCUUAGUAACGCCCUUGCUCGACUGUAAAAUGCUAUACGUAUACCGUGCCGCUGUAGCUUCAGUGCAAGGCUCUUCCUUGCCGUAUUCUUACUUAGCAUUCAUCUGUCUUCCUUGCGAACCCUCUCCCCUUUCUUACGACUUGAUACUGCUAUUCGAGCUGCCUUUUUUUGCCUUCGAGUAGCCUCCAGACUUCUCCGGUUUCUCUGCCUCCCCUCUCCACUUUCAUCUUCACUCCCUUCCUGAUCUUAGAGCGACGGUUUAAGUUUUACCUUACAAUUUCUUUUUCCUCUUGGUACCCUGACAGAUUUUUUAAAAUGUUUAUUGAUAGGAUAAAGUCACUGGCGCAUGGCAUCUAUUUUCUCUUCUCCUUUGCUAAUCAGUACAGUACUUUUGUAGUUUCAUGCCCAUGCCAGUGUGUCUGUUUCUGUUCAAGAGCCUAUUCUCCUUUCUUGUGAGAACAGUACGACGUUUUGACUGA